GUGGCCGGCGGGCGGUUGGGGCGAUGCGGUACAACGAGCGGGAGCUGCUGUCGCUCUCCCGGCAGCCGGCCGAGAAGGCGGCCGAGAUCCUCAUGCGCGCCCCCAAGAAGGGAAGCGCAUUGAAGAAGCGCCUGGUGAAGCUGGUGGUCAACUUUCUUUUUUAUUUUCGAACAGACGAGGCUGAGCCUAUUGGGGCUUUGCUGCUCGAACGCUGCAGGAUCAACCGAGAAGAAGAACACGUCUUCUCCAUUAGUUUCCUGGAGGAACCCGAGCGGAAGUACUACUUUGAGUGUGAUAGCGAGCAGCAGUGUGAGGAGUGGAUCGAGGUGCUUCGUAGGGCAAGUUACGAGUUCAUGCGAAGCAGUUUGAUCUUCUAUCGGAACGAGAUCCAGAAAAUGACUGGGAAGGUCUAUCCAGUCCUAGCCCCUCUCUGCUGAUAGUUUGGAGGUGGACUGCUUCACGAUGGUUUGGACAGGCUGUGUCUGGGCAGCAGAAUUGCCUGAGUUUUUGCUCAGCUGAAUUGGGAGAGAGCAAAUACAUUUGUUUUUCCCUUACCAUAAUAGGGUGCUGUGGGGAAACUCAGUGAAGCCACAAUUUAUGUGGGCAGCAGAAUCUGGAAAGCCAGGCGAAUGUUUGAUUGUGGGAGAAGGAGCCUGCCAAAAUACAGUGUACCCCUUGACACUGUGUGCUUUUCGCGACAUUGAAUAUUGUAGCGAUUGCUGGAUGGACUUGUCUCUUCUCGACACUCUCCAGAAAGAAAGGAGCCAACUUCAGAAGGCUUGAAGCACUACAAUGCACAGUGUAUUAAAAUACAUACAUUUUUUAAUAUAAAGACAAACUUCAAAGCCAUUUUUUUCCAAUUACAAAUCAAGGUGAAGUGCAGGGAAAUUCAAAGUGGAGAUUAGAACAGAAAGAAAACUUUGCAGUGCAGAGAACUGGAAAGCUUGGAAAGGUGAAAAAUAUAUUGAUAAGAUUAUUACAGACAUAUAUACACACACGCCAGAAGAUUCACAUGAAUUCUAUGGAAAAAUGACAGUUCAAACAUGGAGCAAAUUUUUUAAAACCAAGACAAAACUGAAGACACAGGAAAGUGUGAAUUUUAAAUAAAUGUCCUUUUCAUGAGCUAAUGUGUACAAACCAAGUUCCAAGUCCCUAGGAAAAAAUAUCCCAUAUUGCCACCUCAAAAGAAAAUGGGUAUUCCCUUCAAUCCAUUUACAAAUUUGACUUUUUUUUUUUACAUUUUACAAGUGAAUUCCUGAGCAGCAGCAGAUUCUAUCACUAACUGACUUUCCCCUUCAACUCCCCAUGUGCAAGGCAGAGUUUCACUCAUUAAAACAAAAAUUUAAAAAGCUACCUUAAGGGAUCUUGUGGAAAGCUGUCUCAAGAGCUCAAAACUGCAGAGAGAAAGUAGCAAAAUCAAUCGGUUCUCUCCCAAGAUUCCCUUACCUUGUUUGCAAAAAUCUACCAUCUCAUCUGACUAGAAAGAGGGAAUAAGGGCUAUUCUAAAUGGCUGUAGGACUAUUGAUCCUGGGAAAGGGACAACUUGUGCAUUAUGAGAAAAUCUAGAAUCGUGAUGGACUCAGUAAGGUUCAUCUCAUGAAGCUUUGCACAUUUGCAUGGUGGCUAACUUCAUUCUGAAGCAGAAUGGAGCAGACAACCCCUGUAAAUUUAUAAUCGCCUGCAGGUAACAAAAAUAAAACAAAAACCUAGGGAAAUUGGGUUGAUGUACACAAGCUAUUGGGGGUACCACCAGGUACCCCCUUAGUGAACCUUGGACAAGUGAGCUUGUAAAAAAAAUAUCAAGAUGUAUAAAUUAAAGCUUGCUUAAAGCUCGGGGACAUUUGGCUCAGCAUUUUCAUGAUCUUCAGUACGCAUCCUGCCCAUGCACCGAAAGAUGUCAUUCUGCUCUCCUUGGGCUUUCCAUCUGCUGCGUGUCCCCCCACAGCCCCACAAUGGCUUAUUCGGUGUCUGCCUGAAUACUGAAACAAUCCCACUGCAUUGCAAGCUUCUCCCACAUCACCGCCCGACACAGCUCUAUCCUGUGUGAGGGGUACACGGCCCCUCGCACCAAACUCCAUUUUAACCCACUACUCUC